AUGACCAUGGAAGACAACAUUAGCUGGUCCCAAUUGCUGAAGCACUCCAUUGUCACGGCUGAACAUUCCAAUGGCAAGAACCGAAUUGCAGCGACAACUGAGACUCUACAGCAAACAGUGCAGCUAUUGGUCGAGGUGCUCAAUGAACGUGCCAAGCUUUUAGCCAACAGUGCUCAAUUUGAAGCGGCUUUACGUGAUUCAGCAGCCAUACGAGCCUUAUUACCAGGAUCAGGACUUGGAUAUAUGUGUAUGGGAGACGUGUAUUGUCAACAAGGCCAUCAUGCAGCAGCCAUUUCCAUAUAUGAUCAAGGCCUUCAAGCAGUACCUGAAUCGGAUCCAUGUUAUCAACAGCUUCAGCAACAACGCAUGAAAGCAGUAGCCAACAACGACAAACGCAUCGAUUUUAUCAGCCAAUUGCCAUUGGAUGUUGUCAUCACCAACAUUGUGCCAAGGAUGGAGCCAGCAUACUUGGAGUCUGAUGUGUUGUAUGAGCCUCUUUACGUAUCACGUUCAUGGCAGGAGAGCCUUUUGCAGCAACCCAAGGGCUUAUGGUUCACCUUUGACCAAGACCAAGGUGUUGAUACAUUCAAAACGGGCCAUGCACAGCUCAUCCGAUUUGCGCCCUAUGUUCAGUACUUGGAGGGCAAUCUCUUCGAUGUUGAUUUGGAUGAUCUCUUUUCUCGAGCCCACUUUUCCAAUCUAAAAGAACUCGAUCUACUCUGUCGUCCUACAACGCCUCGUCUCCCAUUGAUCCAUGGCCUGCAAAUGAUUGCUGACUCAUUGACUCGAUUGUCCCUCUUUAAUUGCCCGCUUUUUCAAUUACAUGAAAUCCUGGAGACAUGUCCAAAUCUUGAAUUCCUGGAAACAGAGCAUGUGGAUGCAUUUAUAUCUUUAUCAUCGUCGUCAAUUUAUCCCAAGAUGAAGCACCUUGCACUUUGCAGUCAACCAGAACGCGCUCCCACUCGUGAAAAUAUGGUCGAUAUCCUGAGACGAUUUCCUUCCUUGCAGGUGCUUGAGGUUAUGCCAACGCCCGAUUCCAGUCUUUUGCCAAUCCUACACAAGCAUUGUCCUUAUCUCCAGGUCCUUUAUUACGGCACCACGAACUUUGCCUCAGACCCCAUUGACGUUCAUCCAAACCGGAAAGGAGUCACUUUGGCGCACCUGGGAGUGUACGAAGAAGAUGUCUUUAUGCAAGAUCAUUUGAUUGCGUUCCUGUAUUUGCAUAGCGGUUCACUCGAGAAGAUGGCAUUUGAAGGCAUUAUUGAUGCUGAAAAUUCCUAUUGGAGAAUGGAGAAUGGACAUGUACUUCUGCAGCAGGCAGAUUAUGAACACGAUGUACCACCACCUUCACGCUAUGGAUGUGACCCAACUCUAUCACAGGCUUCAUUCAAUCAAUUGACAAGCAUCACGUUUUCGGGCCCUGAGCAAGCUUUAUGUCAUGAAUACAUCCUAUGGUUGAUAUCGAACGCUCCCAAUCUCCAAUCCAUUGCUCUCAACAAAUCAUACAUUCAACACGAUGUCGCAAGUGCUAUGAUCAACGCAAGGCAUCUUUGCAAGUUAGAGGUCUUUCAGUCCUGGGGAGGUGAUGACGAUGAAGGUGUCAAGCGGCUCUUGAAUCAUCAUGUUGCAACGAUGGGAGAUGGCUCCACCCUUGAAGAGGUGAUCAUACACAUGCUACAUUUCAACAUGUCUGCUGCCCCAUGGAUAACUCUAUUGUGCAAGUUGAAGUCUCUCAAGAAUCUGAAAUUGCUCGUAGGAAGAAGCUUCUCUAAACAUGGCAUACCCAUCAUGGAAGAGAUUGGUCAAGGUUGUCCCGCUUUGAAAGACCUAACCCUUGGUCAUCGCCUUUGCACGUUGGCUGAUGGCCUCUUCAAGCCUUUGUGUAAACAUCCCAAUAUCGAAUGCCUUAGGAUUGAAGCUGAAUCUUUAUCCAACGACAACCUUAUGGAUUUGUGCGCAUUCAACAAUUUACAACAACUCCAACUCACACUCCAUGUUAUUGUUGCAGACGAUAAGCUAGAGAUGUUACGAAACCAUAUCCCCAAGGUCAUUGUCAUUGAUGAUAUAUAG